UUUCUCUCAAACCCAUUAUUUUUUUAUUAAAAAAACAAAGGAAAAAGAAAGCAAGAAAGGAAGAAAAAGAAAAAGAAUAAGGGAGACCCACAAAUAACAAAAACACGCACAUCCUCCGUCGUUUGAGGCUUUUUUUUGUUUUUCUUCGAUUGGAUCAAAUCCACAAUGCUAGAAAACAAAGCUUUUAGAGAGAGAAAAUAUGAAAAUUUAGCAGUUUUUAGAGAGAGAGAGAGAAUAGAAUUAUGAUUUCUUAGCUAUUCCUCCCCACCUUUUUUUUUUCCCUUCGAUUAAUCUAACCUAACCUUAGUUUUUUUUUUGUUUGUUAAUUUUAUAUCUUUUCUGGUUUAAAACAAACACGGAACUCUAGAUCUUUUUUAUCUUUUGAUUUUUCUGUCGAUUUUUUUUUUAUUUUUUUACGUGAUAAAAUAUUUGGAUGUCGGUGCUUUUUCGGUGCUUUGAUUCGGUGUUUAGUUUCGCCAUAUAAUUUCCUCGUUUUUUUAUUUGGGGGGAUUUUUCUAAAUUAGGGUUUCAAAAAAAAAUUUUUUUUUUACUUAUUUGAAGUUGAAUUGAUGGAGCCUCGUGUCGGUAAUAAAUUUCGGCUUGGUCGUAAGAUCGGUAGCGGCUCUUUUGGAGAGAUCUAUCUGGGUACGAACAUUCAGACAAACGAAGAGGUUGCGAUUAAGCUUGAAAAUGUGAAGACAAAGCAUCCUCAGUUGUUAUAUGAAUCAAAGUUAUACAGGAUCCUGCAAGGAGGAACUGGGAUUCCAAAUGUGAGAUGGUUUGGAGUUGAGGGAGACUAUAAUGUUCUGGUUAUGGAUUUGCUUGGACCUAGUCUUGAAGAUCUAUUUAAUUUCUGCAGUAGGAAACUCUCAUUGAAGUCAGUUCUCAUGCUUGCAGAUCAAAUGAUCAACCGUGUCGAAUUUGUUCAUUCAAAAUCGUUCCUACAUCGAGAUAUUAAGCCGGAUAAUUUUCUUAUGGGCUUGGGAAGGCGUGCAAAUCAGGUCUACGUUAUUGACUUUGGUCUGGCUAAGAAAUAUAGAGACAGUUCCACCCAUCAACACAUUCCUUACAGGGAAAAUAAGAAUCUGACUGGAACUGCAAGAUAUGCAAGCAUGAACACACACUUGGGCAUUGAGCAAAGCCGUAGGGAUGAUUUAGAGUCUCUUGGAUAUGUGCUUAUGUACUUCCUAAGAGGAAGUCUUCCUUGGCAAGGUCUGAAAGCUGGAACUAAGAAACAGAAAUACGAGAAAAUUAGUGAGAAGAAGGUUUCUACUUCAAUUGAGGCCUUAUGUCGAGGUUAUCCAACAGAAUUUGCAUCAUACUUCCAUUAUUGCCGUUCACUAAGAUUUGAUGAUAAGCCAGACUAUGCUUAUCUCAAAAGAAUCUUUCGUGACCUCUUUAUUCGCGAAGGCUUCCAAUUUGACUAUGUCUUUGAUUGGACCAUUUUGAAGUAUCAGCAAUCACAGCUGGUGACUCCUCCAACUCGAGCCCUUGGUCCUAGUGCUGGAACAAGUUCUGCCAUACCCCCUGCUAUGGCCAAUGCUGACAGACACACAGCUGUAGAGGAUGUGCGAGCAGCUGGCUUGUCUUCCAUGGAUUCCUCGCGGCGGAGAACAUCAGGACCCUUGAUGAAUUCUGGAAAUUAUGCAAAGCAGAAGAGUCCUAUUGCAAAUGAUCCUGCAAUUACUAAAGAGGCUAUGUUUAUGGGGCAGUCAGGUGGAUCCUCUUCAAGGCGAGUUGCUGUUUCUAGCAGUCGCGAUGCCUUUGCUGGUAGUGAGGUUGAUCCCCAACGUUCUCGUACAACUGAUGCUAGCCCUGGAGCAUUGCACAAAAUUUCAAGUCGACAACGAAGUCCUGUUGAUUCUGCUGACCCUAAGCGGAUGAUGUCCGGGAGAAAUACCUCUCAUGGCAAGAACUAUGAAGCCGCCCUCAAGGGAAUUGAGGGCCUGCAAUUUGAAAGUGAUGAGAGAAUUCAUUAUUAAAUGCUCAGUUAUAUGAGUUGUUGUAAACCAUGCUAUGGUUGAUGUACUACUACAUUUUGCAACAGAUUGUGUAUGUUUCCUUCUUGGGGGGUUGAGUUUUAAGGAAUUUGUUACUUGGAGCUCC